UUUCUGGGACAAGACAGUUGUCAUUUAAGGAAUGCAAACUUUGUCAAGAUUUAUUUGGAAUAAUGGCACAGGAGGUUAUCUUUUUCAUCUGGGCUUCUCCUCCUCAAAGCCAUGUAUGUGAUCCCCAUAGAUUGUUCUCUGGUUACGAGAGCUUUAGUUGUCACUACUGCAGUUAAAACCGUAUCCAUGACAUAAAUGAGUUUUUUCAAUGUUAGUUGUUUUUGGAGUGAAUAAUAUUAAUUUAGUGCAGCUGUUGUUCUAAUAUUGCAGCAAAGAUUUACACCAUGUGACCCCCUGACAGAGGCUCCACAGCUGUCUCUCAAGGAACUCUCAGAAGACAGUGAAUUUGGUCUCUGCUCAUAUGACAUGAUGUUACCAGAUUCUGCUACAAUAUAUGGCCGGUUGUUUCUUGGCGCAUGGGAUGCUGGACUGGAUAAUGUGGCAGAUGACACAGUCAACCUCAUGCUUCAUGCAACAGAGUAUUUAGUCAAAGACAUUUUAACCGUUUGUUGUUCAAUGAGAAGUGCAUUCAGGCUCAAAGAUGGUCAUUUUCGCUAUGCUAUGGGUGGCACUUACCCCAGAAUGCACCUAAGAAACAGUACAAGUCCCUGGCCACCUGGGUCAGAAAGAUCUUUAGGUUGUGUAAAUGGCAUAAGCAGUAGCAGUAAUAGUGGUAGAACGUUAGAGCAAGCUGAAGCCGAGGCGGCGGUCACAGUGGCUUCCAGUGACAGUAGAGGUGCUAAUAAACCUCCAAUAUCACUUAUGGACCUCAGAGAUGCACUACAGGUUCAUCGCAGAGUGAUUCCUUCGCACACCGUUUACUCGGCAAACAUCGAGAGAACGCUAGCGAACAUGAGCCACCCAAGUCACGACGAACUAGAACAGAACCAGUUACACAAAUUGGAGGCGAGACGGAGAUAUGAGAGACUUAAACAGCAGAGGAGCUUGCGUUUGUAAAUAAUUAUCCUAAAGGUGUCUCUUCUUCAGUAGUCAGCCGUUUACACGGUGUUCAAAUUUGCUGAAUUUUCUCCUUCAUCCAAUCCACUGAAUUCAAGAAAACGAAGCAGAAAUUACUACGUCAUAACCCAACAACGCAACUGAGCAAGAAAUCAACUCGUUUAGCGCAUAGUAAGGCGAUUACCAUUCACUCGAUUAGUCCCUUGGCCCAACCCUAAGUCGUUGUUAGUCCCCAGAUAAUACUUCUCUCUAAACUCAGUAAAAUAAUCUUCUUUCACUCGUGACCCCGCACUCGUGACAUAAUAGUUGUCACAACAUGGCGUAAACUAAAAGGAAUGAACUUGGCAGGCAACCAGCUAAAUCAGUUGAUGUGAAAGUACUGGAGGAAGGUGUUUUGGUAUGUUCUCUGAAAUAACAGGUAAACUCCAUUUCUUGACUUGUAUGAUCUUCCUCACUGAUCACUCUGACGUAUUUCAUGUCGUGCCUGACAUGCGUCACCAUGUUGCGUUGCUAUAAUGGGCUUUCAAAGACAGUCCACCUGACCAUAUCAAAAUCUUCCUAAUUCACGCGUGAAAGAAGAAUCAUUUAUUGUGUCUAAAGACAAGUUCAAUCGAACGGAUAUCACGGGUUGACACUGCUUUGGAUGACUGAAGCUUGACAUAGAGUAAGAGAUAUUUGUUAUAAAUGUUAUUUUUAAAAGCUGACCUCGCGUUUUCUGUCAAAAUGAUAAGAUGAGCUUCUUUCAUAUCAAUGCGUGAUCUUCACACCAUAAAUUGAUAUCAUAGUUUAUAUUUCUAAGCGAGACAAGACGAUAAAUUUGAUUAACGCUCAUGUUAUCACGGCCGACAUGUACACAAUAAAACAGAAAAAUAAAGGCACAACUGUUUGAA